GGAGGAAGAUGGACAAGUUUCGGAUGGUCUUCCAGUUCCUCCAGUCCAACCAGGAGUCCUUCAUGAGCGGCAUCUGUGGGAUCAUGGCCCUGGCCAGCGCCCAGCUGUACUCAGCCUUUGAUUUCAACUGUCCCUGCCUGCCACGCUACAACCUGGCCUAUGGGCUGGGCGUCCUCCUGGUGCCUCCCCUCAUCCUAUUCCUGCUGGGCUUCGUGCUGAACAACAACGUGUCCAUGCUGACUGAGGAGUGGAGGCGACCCCAGGGCCAGCGGAGGAAGGAUGCGGCCGUCCUGCGCUACAUGUUCUGCUCCGUGGCACAGAGGGCCAUGAUUGCCCCAGCUGUCUGGGUGUCAGUGACACUGCUGGACGGGAAGUGCAUCACGUGUGCUUUCUGCACCGCACUGCCCAUGGAGGCCCUGGGCAAUGCCAGCCACCGAAGCCUCUCCCAGGGAGAGAUGAAGCGAGUCCUUGCCCGCAUCCCCUGCAAGGAGAUCUAUGAUGGGCAGGAGCUCGUCGCCAAUGAAGUGGCCAUCAGGUACCUGCGCUGCAUCUCACAGGCCCUAGGCUGGUGCUUCGUGCUGCUGAUGACCACGCUGGCAUUCUUGGUCAGAUCUCUCCGGCCCUGCUUCACCCAAACUGUCUUCCUGAAGAGCAGGUAUUGGUCCCACUACAUUGACAUCGAGCGCAAGCUGUUUGAUGAGACAUGUGCAGAGCAUGCCAAGAGCUUUGCCAAGGUCUGCAUCCAGCAGUUCUUCCGGAGCAUAAGCAAAGACCUGGUGGCAACUCACUGCCACCCACCCAGAAAAGCCCCCACAGAUGCUGGGGAAGCUUCAGAGAAACUUUUAGGCAUCACCGACUGGGGCACUAUGAACACAGCCCUGAAAAGCUGGCACAGGUGCAAGCCCCCACUGCACCUUCACCCAACUGCACCCCACAGCAGCAAUGGCUGGGCUGGGGAAUGGCAGCCCCCCACACAACCCCACAUGCAGCCCCCUGCUCCCCGGCGGGAGGCUGCAGUCUACUACAGCAGGGUGUGA